AUGCUACAGAAGGAACAGUUGAAACUGUUCAACCGUGGUCUCACUGCCAGCAAAUCCAAAGAGCAUCUUAUCUCGCCAUGUUUACGAUUACUCACGGAAAUCGUGAGUUUUGACGGUGGCGCCGUGGCUCGAAUUGUCUACACAAACCGCCAUAUCACUCUUAAACGCCUUGACGUAUUUCUCAGUGCCCGUAAGUUAAAUGUGGACGAGGAUGCUGAAGAUAGCCGCAAGCCUACCCUUCGACGUAUCGCGCAGCGGUACCUUUUGGCAAACCUCAAGUUCCAAGGCGCAGCCGCAAAGGAGGACCUUGUCGGCCAGGGGAAGCUUAUCAAAGCCCUCCUAGAAGAUAUCCGUAAGGAUGCAGGUGAUAUGAUCAUAGAUAUCAUCAAAACCAUCGACAAGCAUAUCUUAAGCGAUGCGGAACUAUCACGAAGUUCCAAAAGUCGUCUUCUAAAUCGCAACAACCUUGAGCGAUUAGUCACGCUUUACGGAUAUGGAAAGGAGCCCACUGAACCGACAUCUAAAGACGAAUCCGUUGCUGACGAACUCCAUAAAUUCAUGUUGUCAAUUUGCACUUCCCAAGAGAAAGGCGUUCUCUUGCCGGAGACUGGGUGGUAUCCUUCGGGAAGCACUCCGGACUUACUCCCGGCGGAAAGUCCUGAAUGUGUGCCUCUUGGGCUUGAUUCACCUGUCUAUUUUGACAAAUCAAGAACUGCUGUGCCUGUUCGAAACGGGAAUCUUUCUGCUUUAAUCCAGUUUCUCCGGCCUGAUUCGGAUACUCUGCAGAUGGAACUACUCCUGAAGAUAUUCAGAGCGGCUCCUGAGCUCGUAUACGACUUUUUCUCGAAACGAACUAUGUUCACAUCAGACCCAAAACCUACGCCGAGCUGGCUGGGAGAGUCGGCAUUUCUCUUUUCCACCGUCCAGCUCCCGAUACCGACACAGUGUGGUUGGAAAGGGGGGUCACCUCCGGCAAUACCUCCUCUUGUUUCUAUAGCCAUCGAAAGUAUACUGCCUCGCCCUCUGACACAGAAAUUACUGACGCGGUGUAUAAAUCAAAACGCCGAUGUCAUUACCAUAUUCGCUAUCCGGGUCACUACCCUGGCAUUACGGAAACUUCAGGCGGUGCUUAGGAUUUUCAAUGCCCCAAGAGAAGUUGGCCAGGAACUUUGGAGCGAGGCAGCUGUGAAACUAGUCGCUGAGUUUUGUCGAAGAUGUCCCACAAUGAAAGACACGAUCCUCGCAUUUCGCCAAACUCCAAAGGACAACCUACAACAGCAAGACGCCGUGUUGGAGUUGCUUUCGAUGUUUUACCAAGUAAUACCAACUAUUGCUUUCAAGGAGAAGUUCGAUAUAUCCUUGACGUUGGUAGCUGUUCUCAAGCAAUUGGAUGACCCUAGCCUCUCUGAUGGAAGCAGGGAGUUGCUUUUCAACCAGUUGCAGAGUCUGUUGGUUAUUGCACGAGAAUCGCCAACCAUGAGGUGGUGGCAGAAACCAGAGUUUUCUGCAUUCACGUCGGUCCUUAAAGCCGUUGCAGGUGCAACCAAUGAGUCCCUUAUGGAGGAAAUCAAGCCUCUUUUGCAAGAGGUUUUGGUUCAGAACUCAGUUGUAGCCGACCAGAGCUCUUUCGAUGCCUUACUCCAAGGCUUUACUGUAUCGGAUCCGGAGAAUUUUAAAGCACAACUUGGGUUUGUUGAUAAUUGCAUUACGAGGCUUGUGAAAAAGCCUGUCCUCUACCUUGAUUUAGCUCAACGUCUACUCGAGCCCGGCGAAAAACUUAGUUUGAUCACUACAACGAUUAAUGAGCAAUGGCCGUUUGUGGUCAAAGCUGGAAAGGUAGAAAACGAAGCUGCAAUUUCAGGCUGGGUUGCGAACUUGCUUGGAUCUUUAAGAGAUGCUGGCGAAAGUGAGAAAUCAUUAGCCAGUCUCCGGGAUACAAUGAUGGAAGCAACCGAAACCAAGAAAAGUCGGUCGUUGUUGAAAAGGGCUCUCAAAAUCCGUGACAAAGAGGUCUCUGGUAAGCCUAAAAAGACAACGAUGAGAAAUACACCGCCACCUGCAGCUUCAAGCGAGGGAACGGGAAACAUAUUCCUCGCAGAUAUGUUUGGUAAAUGCCCUACUGAAGACGAAUCUCACCCUGGGCUUCAUCGCUGGGAGAAGGAAGAGCUCGAAUUUUCGUUAGAUCAGGGAUACGUUGGUGAAUUGAUAUUAUGUCUUUGCUCUCAACACGAGGAAAUACGUCGACAGGCUAUGAUUGGCAUUUCGCGGUUUAUGGCGAGGCUAAAGGAAUCCACUUACUCGGAACGCCAAACCCUCUAUGUUUUAAUGGGAGAGCUGCUAGAAACCAGCAAAGAGGUUGGAAUGAAUCGUCCCCUUCCAUAUAUUGCUGGUGAGCUUGGUGCGCGGUUGCUGGUGGUUUUAACGGAGCCGCUACAUAAACUCUACAGCAAAGCGAAUGCCUUCCUCAACAAAGCACCGUUGUGGGAGGUUGCCAAAAUUCCAUCUUACUGGAUUGACAAGAUUUUAUUGCACGAAUCAGAAUACGAUGACAGCCAUUACGAGGAAGAUCUGGAUGUCUACCGCCGUGCGGGCGUUUUCGAGCGCUUGCUUUCCCUAUACAGUUCACUUAACCUCUCGGACUCACUACGAAAGAAGAUCCUACAUCUAGUCUUCCGAGUUUGUGAAAUCGGAGGCAGUACCACACUCUUGACCCGCGCCGCAGCGAUGAGCUGGAUUCAGAGUCACGCUUCUGUAAAAAGCCCCCAAAGUCGGCUUCUACAGGCCCUAGCCAGCGAGCUUUACAGAGACUGUAACCAUGAGUGGGUUGAUCGAUGGUCAGGAUCAGCUUUGUCAAUAACUGCAGCCCAAAUGUCAGCAUAA